AUGGACGCGAAGCUCAAAGCACUCAAAGUCGCUGACCUCAAAGCCAUCCUCACAAAAGCAGGCAAUCCAGCACCUGCAAAGGCCACAAAAGCUGAUCUUGUUUCGCGUAUAUUGGCUUCGGACAAUGCCCAGGAGGCAUACCGACAGCUCCACGAACCUCAACUCGAACAACACGACACGGUGGACGCGUCCAACGACGCUCCAGUAGAAGAAGAAGAAGAAGAAGAACAACCACCACCGGCUGAAGAGGCAGAACAGGUUGAAGAAGCUCAGCCAGAGGCUGCGGAAACUUGCGCGACUGAAGCAACCGCUGUUGAUCCAGAGCUCGAGGCGCGAAAGAGGAGGGCCGAGCGGUUCGGUAUCCCUCUCGUCGAGCCCAAAGCUCCUCGAACUGACAAGGGGAGAAAGGGAGACAAGCCCAAGAUUACCGAGGACCCAGCCAAGCUCCAAGCGCGGGCUGAGCGGUUCGGGAUCAAACGACCGGCGCCAGAGGAGACUGUGGACCCUGAAGAAGCGGAACGCCGGAGGAAACGAGCUGAACGGUUCGGAAUUCCUCUUAAAGAAUAG